CUGACUCCACAGGAGUUGAACGGCUGUUUGUUUCCUCGCUUUAACCGGUGACACCCCGUACGGCACGGUCCGGUACUUCGCUCUGUGUCACGGAAAAAACGGAGACAGAGCGCAGACAGUCAGAGAGAGAGAGAGUGAGAGAGAGAGGGGAGAGAAAAGCGCCGCGCGCGUGUGUCUAUGUGUGUUUGCUGAUUGGCUGAACCGUGACCGCUCUGCCCACCGUGUGCCACACAGGGAGCCGCGCGCACAUAUAUAGGGUGCACAAACUCGAGGCACGCAACAGUUUCCCACUCCGCCGGUACCCCAGAGGGCACGCGCGGACGAGGAAGGCGCAGAACGGCUGUAGUAUCGUUUGAAAUAACGCAGAGUCCAUGGCUGCCCCCGCACACAGCAGUUGUAUGUGGAUGUUGGUUCUGGGCGCGUGUGUGUCACUGGUGGUCGGAAUAGACUGCGGGAAGGAGUGUGCACUGUGUGUGUACCGUCUGUUGGGACAGCAGUCUGGUUUCUCCUCCCUGACAUGCUCACUUGAGUGCGACGGUGGGUUGGACAGCCAGAAGCUCCGCCUGUGCCGGGACCUCCUAUUGGAGGAAGAAAACCACAUUCCUCUGGAUGCUGACUCCCGUCAGCAGCAGGAACAGGAAGCAGCAGGUGCCAUGAUGGCUGACAGUGAGGAUGCCACAUCACCAGAACACCAGCUAGCCAAGAAGUACGGCGGCUUCAUGAAGCGCUAUGGUGGUUUCAUGUCUCGCCGCUCGUCCUCUCCAGAGGGAGAACUGGAGGAUCCUGGAAACAAGGACGAGGAAGAAAACGUUCGCUUGGAGAUCCUAAAGAUCCUUAACGCGGCGGCCGAGCACGGUGGUGAGGGAGACGGUCAGGGAGGUGAAGCGAUGAAGAGGUACGGAGGCUUCAUGCGUCGAGCUGAAGGAGGGGUGGCGCAGAGCGACCUGCUUGAGGCAGUGUUAGGCCGUGGGCUCAAGAAGCGCUAUGGAGGGUUCAUGAGGCGCGUGGGCAGGCCUGAGUGGCUAGUGGACAGCAGCAAGAGUGGGGGGGUGUUGAAACGAGCUUGGGAGAACGGCAGUGAGCUACAGAAGAGGUACGGGGGGUUCAUGGACUAGGAUGCCACCGUUAUGACCCUUCAACCCCCCCCUCCCAUCCCUCCAACCCCUUCUCUUCAACCAAUCACCUUGUAGUCUGGACUUGUUGGUGUCUGAAUCAGCUGCUCACUCCCUCUGCUAAUCACAUUGCAUCACCUGGCUUUGUAUAACGUGCUGCUGCCUCCUUCAUCAGAUCAAUCUGUCCUAUAAUGAUAAAAAAAAAAGAUAAACAUAUAUUGUUCAGAUGUACACAAAUCAUUUUUUGGUCUGUUUUUGG